CUAUCUCACCAAGCGUGCCGUAUAGGUCUCAGCCCAUCCUGUUUUUCAGGACGUGUUCUGAUUUGCAAUUUUCAACCACAACAUUGUUGAAAUGUGGCUGUUCUACGGCAGGUGCUUAACAGAUUUUUCGAAGAAAAUUGAUUGGUAGACAAUGUGUACCCAAAGCAUGACUUGCAGAUCCCAUUGUCUGCCGAGCGGGUCCUGUUCGCACGCAGGACAGGGCAGCUGGUUUGGGGUGUCAUGAAAAGGCAGCGAAUGUUUAGUUACUCAUUUACGAUUCCUGCACUUUGAUGGUGGGAGGGACGGAGAUGAACCGUUUCAGGUCAUUUCUGCUGCCGGGAGCAAAAUCACAUCUGUCCUGGGGUGCUGUCAACCUUGAGUUAUUGUGUUUUUCCAAUGGAUAUUAAAGAUGAAAACUUGGACAUUCUGGAAACAGGGCCUCACAAGAAUCAUGCAAAACGUAUAGAGGAAGCAUCAUUAGCUGCAGAGCAUUUCUCUGUUCCAGGCCAAGAGAAUAUGAAACUGGAGACGUCGUCAAUGAGUUUCCUUCCUCUGUACAGAGAUGACAGUAAAUGCACACUCCUGGUAUUAACUGAUCCCCAAGAUAAAAACAGAGUGUUAGCAAUUUAUUUGAACAACUCUUGGUGGCUUACUGAAGAUGUAGUAAAGACGUCUGACCCUUCCCGGGAAGGUCUGAUGCAGGUCCAAACAUUUCAAGAGAGAAUUGUUCUCUUUGUCCUCAACUGCAUCAUUUUUGGCAUGUUAGAGGGGAGCUUGACUCACAAUACAGUAUUUGUUCCUCAUCCUAAGAAGGAACAUUCCAAAAUAUUCUGGCGAAGUGGAGAAGCUGCUGCUUUUUAUACCAUCAAAAAAAAAGGAAAUUUGUGUGACGGACACACCAGCCAGUGUUACAUGCUCCCUGUGUUAGACACCAUGUUUGUCCGAAGGAAGUUUAGAAGAUGUGGACUUGGGAUACAAAUGCUUCAGGAUUUUUGCCAGUCUUUUCCAUCUGAGGAUGCCUUGGGACUCAGCUGCCCUCUUUCUGCUGAAAUGGAGAAAGUUUGUCAAAGGUUCUUGGAGAUUUACCCAAAGGAGCGAUCUCGGCUGUGGGAAGUGGAAGCACCAGGGGACUGGACCCAGCGGGUUAAUAUCUGGCUAAAAAUCCAGCUGGAACAAACCUUUCCAAAAAAUGCGGACGUAAGCUGUUGUAUGCCAAAGUCUCAAGAUGGUGAAGCAGAGCAAUUGGAGGAAGGACGGAUGAAUACAAGAGUUGGCUGCAUUCUGCCUCUUGGAGCACUGCCAGAUGAAGCCAGGGCCUGUUUUGAUGACAGCGGAGAGGCCCGGGAAUCAUCUCCUCGCAGUGAUGAACCCCUGGUUCAGUUGAAAGCUGAAGAACGAAAAGAUUUGAAGAAAAGAAUGAGCAGAGGGGAACCAGCUGAAGGGAGUGUUUCCAAGCACUUUAGAACAAUGUCCUAAUUUUUGCAAACGGCAGAAGCAAAACAGGACGUGAGAAGGAGUGGGGCACAAGAACGCUGAGGAUCGGAGAGUGAAUCAGAAAAUCCCUAAUGGAUAUUUCUUCAUCGAUGGAAGUAUUUAGGCUACGAUACUCUUCUUUGGUCUUGCUUUUGUGACAUAGGUUCCAUGAAAAUGACCUGUUCUACCAAGCUGUUGUAAAGGCUGAAUGAGCAGUGUUCGCAUUCAGAAAUAUUAUAUACAUGUGCAUUUUUCUUCUGAUGGUGAUUCAUGGAAUAAACUAUUUUUAAGAGUA